AUGGGCGACGCUACAAAGUUCUCGCGCCGAUGGGCGUGGCUCGCCUGCGCGGCGUUAUGUGCCGCCCUCAUGGCGCACGGCGCAAGUGCCACAUCUGACGCAGCUCCUGUCGAGCGAGAGCUACCCUCUCCCGUCUACCAAAAGCGCGACAUCGGCGUUUAUUCACCCUUUAGCAAGCGGGCCACAGCCUCCUCCGACUUACUCUCUACACCAUUCACCGACGAGGUCCAAUGGGACGAGUACAGUUUACUCAUUCGGGGCCAGCGUAUCUUCCUCUACUCGGGCGAGUUCCACACCUACCGUCUUCCGGUGCCCGACCUUUGGCCCGACAUCCUGCAAAAGAUCAAAGCCGCCGGCCUCAACGGCAUCAGCUUGUACACUCAUUGGGGCUCCAUCAACCCAGCCCCAGGCGACAUCGACUACGACUCAUUCCGCGCUCUCGCGCCUGUAUUCGAAGCGGCGCGCGCAGCUGGCAUCUGGAUCGUCCUGCGUCCCGGUCCCUACAUCAACGCCGAGACUUCUGCCGGCGGCAUCGCGCACUGGGUCACGUCAGAGGUCGCGGGCACGCUCCGUACCAACGCGUCCGAUUACUUCGAGUCGUGGCAGGACUACAUCCACAGUAUGAUUGAACAAGCCGAGCCUUUCCAGGUGACGAAGGACGGUCCUAUCAUCGCGGUGCAAAUCGACAACGAGUACAGCCAGAGCGCUUCGACUGGCGCUUACUUCGAGGCUCUCGAGAACGCGUAUACGAGUGGUAACAUCGCGGUCCCGCUCACAUACAACGAUCCGGGCGAAGGCAAGAACUUUGUGAAUGGCACGGGCGCGGUAGAUAUCUACGGUCUCGACGCUUACCCGCAAGGCUUUGAUUGCUCACAUCCGACGGUGUGGAACCCGGUAACUACGAACUGGCAUGAUUAUCACGAGAAUACCAGCCCUAGCGAACCCUUCUACUUCCCUGAGUUCCAAGGAGGCGCAUUCGAUGCAUGGGGUCCAACUGCGCCCGGCUACGCAAGCUGCCGGGAGCUCACCGGUGCAAACUUCAUGAGUGUGUUUUACAAGGCGCUGUGGGCGGCGAAUGUCAAGAUGGCGAGUUUCUACAUGAUCUACGGCGGCACAUCAUGGGGCGCGAUUCCCUUCCCCGGCGUUUACACCUCUUACGACUACGGCUCCUCCAUCGAAGAGAACCGCGCGCUUACAGCGAAGUUCAUCGAGCUGAAGCUCCAGGGCCUCUUCUUGCGUAGCUCACCUGAGCUGUACAAGACGGACUGGAUCGGCAACAGCACAGCCGGCGUUGUGCAGGUGUCGAACCCCGACGCCUUUGUGGUGCACCUUCAGAACCCAGACACGAACACUUCGUUCUUCAUCGCGCGCCAGACCGACUCUACUUCAACGGCUGUCACAACCUUCACGCUUACUGCCACAACGUCGGCAGGAGAGAUCACCCUUCCUCUGAGCGUCGAUUCAAUCAGCCUCGAUGGCCGUGAGUCGAAGACCAUCGUUACGGACUAUUCCUACGGCAAGAGCGGCAACCUUCUCUACACCGCAAGUCGGCCGUAA